GAGCAUUGGGCCUUACAGCUGAACUCCGGGCCAUGUGAGGGAUGGUGUUCUCAGAUGCAGACGCUUGGCUUGCCGGGCACCUGCGCCCCGAGCUGCCGCGGCUUUGUUUCGGCGCGGGGGCGCUGCUGCUGUCCAGUUUUGUGAACUUCCGCACGGGCGCGCAGCUGAAGGCGGCGAUCGAGGGAGGCAAGUCACCCGCACGUAGCCUGCUUCUUUUUGGCCUUGGCGCUGCAGCAGGCUGCCUCCGCACCGUGGUCUUCGACAGCGCGUCGGAGCGCUUGCGCGCCUCCAUGUGCGCGCAGGUCUUUGCUGCAAAAUUGUUGGAAGAGCCCAAGGAGGAGCCAGGUACCUCCGGUACUUCUUCCGUGGCAGCUAUGGACAGUGAUGUGGCACUCUGUGCAGACUUGAUUCUGAAGCUGCAAAAUGUCGCGAGAUACACCUCUUCCAUUGUGGGCGGCACCAUUGCCAUGUUCCGCGCUUCCUGGAAGCUCAGUGCAGCAGUGUGGCCCUUGCUGGUGACCGGCGCUUUGCACGGAGCACGUGCUGGUGCCAAGCGCUCCAUGAAGUCGGCGCAGUCUUUGGCGGAGGUCCGGGAAGACGCCUUGGGCUUCGCGGAGGAGCGCUUGCAGCACUCGGACCUGGUGAGAUGGUUCUGCCGUGCCGAGCACGAGGCCAAAGCGUUCAAAGCCAAGUGUGACAAGGCCGUGGCUGUGGCCACCAGAGCGGCCAGAGUUCGAGGCAUCUCCCAUCUUGUCCUGGACUGGGCCUCAAAGAGCGUCCUGCUGGGCUUGGCAUCUUUAGGCAGCCAGUUGGUGGCCCGCGGGGAACUCACUGCCGGCGAGCUGACUUCCUACUUCUUCCACGCUGCCUUCCUGGGUCUCGGCCUCUACGGCUUUGUUGGGCUCAUCCCGGAGGCACAUCACGUGGAUCCACGGAUGUCGUGCAUGUAUGACGGAUGUCUCUAUGAAACCCGUCCCUUUGAGCCGACCCGGCCUUUCAGUGUGCAGAUAGCGGUAGCUCGAGCAGCAGCAGUGCGGCUUUCUGCCACAGUGGGCCAGGCGCACGCGGGCGCCUCAGCACAGAUGGGUGAUUCGUUUUAGAUUGGCGCCUUGCAGUGCCAAUUUUGCUCGCAUUGCCAUUUGGCCGCAAUCUGCUUGGAAGGUCCCCGAGCAACCUGCGGGCUCAUUGCUGUCUGGCGAGAGAGCACUUCCCGUCAGCUUCAGCGAAGUCCACUUUAGAUACCCGCGGUCGCCGGAGCUGUUGCGGGGCUUCUCCCUUCAGCUGGCAGCCGGCGAG